GAGAGAGAGAGAGAUGUGGCACGUGUUAUUGGAUUUUCUUGAAAAAUUUAUGCGAGCAGUGAUUCUCUGUGUCUUGCUGAAGGACAGAUUGGUCGCGGACGGAGAAGACCGGCCGGAGUUGUAUUUCGAGAAUCUAAAUUUUGCAAGGAAGUUCUUAGUGGAGGCAGUAGGGGCUUUCAACGGCCGUCAGUCCUGGUUCGCGAGAGCUACACUCUGUGUCCUCAAGAAUACUGUCAUUGUUGUUAGGUUUUUAUGCAUAAUUUGUGUCUACCUAUUUGUGGUCAAAGUCAUUAUCAACUUGUGGGGGUUGUUGGGUCUUUAGAGGAAAUCUCUUCCUCCAAGAAUCUCGUUUUUUUGUUUUUUUGGUGUUUCCUUUUUCUGGACUGGUUUCUACAAGAGACAUUUUGGAUGACUUUCUUCGCGAUUCUUACGCGCACGUCGAUAGUGGAGAAAUCACUCGUUCGAAUGAGCAAGCAACGCGGCAUGGAUUGUCUGAACAAUAAAGAGAAAGUACUGAUUCUUGGUCUCCCUCUUGAUAGCGAUGUAAAGGAUAUAAUCUGGAGUACUUGUCACGUGUUGCUAACUUGGGGUGGUCUACAUCUAUUUACUAAUCUUGAUGACUUCCAUGGUGGCCAUAGCUCCUCAGUUUCGCAUAUUGAGUUUUCAGAAUUGUUAAGCUGUAAUGGUGAGAAGAGGAAUCCUAAUAACUCGAUCAUUUUGGAAGAAAAUUGGACUGAAGGAGCUUAUCCCAGAGAUAUUGGACAACUUAUCUUGAAUCUUGAUCAUUUGAAUGCAGAAACUGUUUCUUGCUUAUGCCGUUAUUGUGGGGACUCUUGUUUCUCUGCCUACUCAAAUUUAGCAGGGACGACUGACUGUCACUACGCUGACAGAUUUUGUUGCGCAAUCUGGAGAACGAGAUUGCCAAACACUCUUCUUGCAGGAUCUCUAAGGUUGACCGCAAGGACAACAAUCAAGCCCACUCUUUGGCAAAGCGGGCAUUGCAGUGCUUUACGCACCCCACAGCUGCAAGAGAUCAACAGUUUUUGCAUAGAGCCACUGCUUUUCCAUUUCAAUUGUAGCUCUAUUUUUGGGUUGUAUUCUCCUGUCAUCUGUUUUACCUUUUUUGGGUUGUAUUAA